AUGAAGGAGUGGCUAGAUGUGAUUUAUAAAUACAACACACCUGUCUGUCUAACUAUUUCAGAGAGGAGAUGGCCCUAAUCAUGACAUCCCUCUUAUGCAUCUGGGCUCUCAUACCACUGGUCACAGCACGUCUAGAUCUCUAUCCCUGUGUCUUCCCAUUUAUUUACAAGCAGAAAUCGUACACCAGUUGCACUAAGGAUGGUGCUGUUUCUCGGAGAUUGUGGUGUGCCACAACGGAGAACUAUGACAGGGAUCGCAAGUGGAAGCAUUGUACUUCUUAUGAGUAUGGAGGUAAUUCUCGUGGACAAAAAUGUACCUUCCCUUUCGUCUACAAGAAGCGAACUUUCUACACCUGUACCAACGAGAAUGCUCUCUUUGGAAGAUUCUGGUGUGCCACAACCGGGAGCUAUGAUAAAGAUCGGAAGUGGAGCUACUGCGCUGACACCAGGUUAAUAGCGGAUUCUCAGGGGCCAUGUGUCUUCCCUUUCACCUUCAACUUCAAGUCUUACUCAGCUUGCACGACGGAUGGAGACUCUAAUGGGAAGCUUUGGUGUUCUCUCACCAGCAACUACACUAAAGAAUCUAAGUGGACAUACUGUGAUCAGUCAGAACCUCGUCCCUGUGUCUUUCCCUUCAUUUAUAAUAAGAAAUCAUAUUCUAAUUGCACCAAAGACGGAUCUGCUAAUGACCAACUUUGGUGUGCCACGACUGCCAACUAUGACACAGACAGUAAAUGGAAAGAAUGCUCACUUCAAGAAUAUGAAGGGAGUGCCAAAGGGCAACCCUGUGUUUUCCCUUUCACUGCUGAAAAGCAGACAUUUUAUACCUGUACCAAUAAACCCACUAAGGAUGGAAGAUACUGGUGUGCCACCACAGGAAGCUAUGAUAAGGAUAAGAAGUGGAGCUACUGCGCUGACACAAGACUUGAUGCAAGCCCCAAGGGGUCAUGUGUUUUCCCCUUCACCUACAAGGGCACAUCUUACUCAUCUUGCACAACUGCUGGGGAUAGCAAAGGAAAGCUAUGGUGCUCUCUUACCAAGAACUUUGAUGUGGAUCGAAGGUGGACCUAUUGUGAUUCUUCAGAAGUCCUUCCUUGCCAUUUCCCCUUCACUUGGGGAAUGAUAUCCUAUUCAGAAUGCACUAAGAGGGGAGCUGCUGAUGACCAGCUAUGGUGUGCCACAACCCCUAAUUAUGACAGAGAUUCCAAAUGGAAAGCAUGUUCCCUUCAAGAGUAUGAAGGAAACUCUGGAGGUCAGUCUUGCGUUUUCCCCUUCCUCUACAAGAACCAGACUUUCUACACCUGUACCAAUGAUAACUCAAAGGAUGGAAGGUUCUGGUGUGCCACAACGAACAAUUAUGAUACAGAUAAGAUGUGGAGCUAUUGUGCUGACACAAGACUGGAUGCUACAUCCAAAGGACCAUGCACCUUUCCUUUCAUCUACAGAAAGAAAUCUUACUCCUCAUGUACAUCAGAUGGUGAAAUCUCUGGGAAGCUCUGGUGCUCUCUAACCGAUAACUUCGAUGUGGAUCGUAAAUGGACUUAUUGUAAUUAGUUGAAAAGGUCCAGGUUAAGUCAAUUCAUGCUCUCUGCAAUGAGGGAAACAAAGCCACUCCUGAAAUCUUCUGGGUUUUAGUGGAAGAGUGGGAAUCCAGAGAAGGGCUGCUGCUGAGAAUGUGUACGGUGCAUGAUAAAGAACUUUCACACACAUCGUCUGCUUCCUCAUAAGUAUGUGAAACACAACUGAACCUCAUGCAUGAACAUCUCUUUGAUCAGAUGGAACAAGAAUGAUUGGAAAAAUGUGGAAGAAACCUUCAAGUUUCUUUUGAGCCUCCUAGCUCCUGAUGUCAGUGUACCUACACAGUUUCUUUCAAACACGUGACUAUUAAUUUUCCAUCUUUCUCCAGAUGACAACCCAUACCAAUUACUAUGAUUUCAGUUAUGGUAAUUUUCUACUGGGAGGUGACCAAUGUUUUUGUGCUCUCUCUUGUUUCUACUUGUUCCAAAACUGGAAAUGAAGCAUUUCUUACACAUUAUCAUUAUGAUUCUGCAUCUUCUCUUCUCUUUCAUAUACUCACCAAGCAACUU